AUGUCUCCGACGAGGAACUCCAUCGUCAAUCUCACUGUAAUUGUUCCUCCGGAAGUUCCAAAAAUCUACGACAAGAACGGGAGGGAAAUGGGAUCUGUCAUCGGACCGUACUUGGAAGGUGACAACUUGACGCUCAUCUGCCGCGGCAUUCACGGCCGACCUCCGCCAAAAUUAAUAUGGUUCCACGAGGAGGCAUUGUUGGACUCGACGUACACGGUGCACGAGAGGAACGGCACUGUGGAAAAUGUCCUGGAAGUUACCCAUCUGAAGCGAAACGACUUGAACACGACCUUCUCCUGCCAAGCCUCGAACAAUGACGUCACGGACGCCGUAUCAAAUCCGGUCAGGCUCAGCAUGAAUUUCCGGCCGUAUGAAGUGAAGAUCCUGGGAAGCAGGAACGCUGCGUUGUCGGCUGACCAAUCGUACCCGAUCGACUGCCAAGCUGUCGGUUCCUGGCCGCCGGCCGUGAUAACCUGGUGGAAAAACGGGAUCCGGCUCAACAACACGGAAGAAGUGACUACGGACGGAGGCAACGUGUCCAGGAGCACGGUGACGUUUAUCCCGAGGGUGGACGACACUGGGAAAUUCUUGGUGUGCCGAGCAGAGAACCCGCGGAUCCCGGGAAGUGCGAUUGAAGACAAGUGGAGUCCGGAAAUAUACUAUGUACCGAUGCCAAGGUUGGUUCUGGGGAAGAAUCUCAACAAAGACAACAUUCGUGAAGGGAUUGACGUGUACUUCGACUGCGACAUCAAAUCAAACCCCAAGUACUUCAAGGUGUCGUGGAAGCAUAAUGGUCUGCCGCUUCACCACCAUAACAAAAGUGCGGGGAUUAUCAUGAGCGAAAGGCACCUCGCUAUUCAGAAAGUUAAUCGACACCAGGCUGGAAACUACAGCUGCGUGGCAGUUAAUACAGAAGGCGUCGGGGAAAGCAUGCGAGUUGAGCUGAACGUCAAAUAUGCCCCAGUGUGUUCCCGUCAACAGAAGAAGGUUUACGGCGUAGCACGACGAGAGAAGGUGUUGGUGCGGUGUGAGGUGGACGCCGAACCCGGGGCAGAAUCAUUCCGGUGGAGAUUCAACAACAGCGACGAGAACUACGAUAUCCCACAAAUGUCGUUCACGACUUCGAGGGCCGGGAGUGUGUUGACCUACACACCGAUGACGGAGAAAGACUACGGGACGCUGACGUGCUGGGGCACAAACGAGGUCGGGCAGCAGCAGGAACCUUGCGUUUAUCAGGUCGUGCCGGCCGGAGAACCAGACCCGCCGCACAACUGCACGAUCUCGAACCAGACGUCGAGCUUCCUGGAGAUAGAUUGCGAGAUGGGUUUCGACGGCGGGCUGUCGCAGUUCUUCGUGAUGGAGGUGUACGACUCGUCGUCGCAGAUCCUCAAGUACAACGUGUCGUCCGACGCCCCGCAUUUCGUGGUGGAUGGACUCAUUCCCGGAAGUCAGCUCAUAGUGUCCAUGUACGCCGCCAACGGGAAAGGCAAAAGUACCAGCCUCGUCUUUCAGGCUUCGACGUUGCGCUUGCCGGAAAGGAUAACUGACGCGAACACCGUGAAGCCAUCCUUGGGAACGCUACGUAUAACUCCGAUACUAGGCGUGCUGAUUGGCGUCGUGGCGGCUCUGGUCAUGGCGGCUCUCAUCAUCGUGGUAGUGAUGAAAUUCCGCGUGUCCGCCAUGAGGUCGAAGAGCUCCAACACCGGAAACAAUAAGGGCGAGAGGAUGUCGCCCGCCGGCGCGUCCUCCGUUGGCACCAGUGCCAAUUUGCCUCUGCGAGCUGACGUGGAUGAAGACGACACCCCGGGCACUUACAGCCACAUGGACAUGAAGUCUGGUGUCGACUCUCAUCACGCUGGUAAGUCGCUCCUCAUCUCCUGCGAGCAGUCAUGCCCGUCUUACUUGUCAAAUUGA